AGAAAGAUUUGUGCCAUUCAUGGGUGACGUAGGGUGCCAUGGGAGAUGGGCAGGGAUUCAGUUUAGUAUCAGCUGUUCUAAAUAACAGCAACACUUUGCCCGCUACCUUCCUGCCAUAAACGAGCUUUAGUUGAAUGUGUAAAGCUGGCAGACAACAUGGCACGACUACGGAAAGACGUCCGACGACUCAGACUCCUCAAAUGACAACAAGUCUAGUGGCAGCAGACUGUACCACAGUCUGCACACCUACGACAUUCCUUGAGGAAUCAAACAUAAACUUUUCCACCGCAUCCUUCGGCUUCUUCUGCGAAGCACCCGGACAAGGAAGGACCAUCCGGUUCCUCCAUGGCGACCACCCGCUUCCCCGGGAAGGGGGGAGACGACGUGGCCAUGGGCGCGAAUUUCAGCAACCCGACCCUGAGCGGGCCGUUCUGCGUGAACGGGACGGGGUGGAUCCUGUACCUGCUGGAGGAAUGCGUGGACAACGUCUGGGAAUACUGGAGCGUCAUCAUAGGACUGAUCUCCAUGUUCUGUUUUCUUCUAUCCACUUUGCCUCAGGUGUACGAGGCCAACCGUAAUGGUAAGGUUGAAGAGGCUAUGUCUUUUGGAUUCCUGUUCUUUCUCUUCAGUGGAGACCUUACCAGUUUUGCUGGCUGCUACCUCACUAGCCAGCUACCUAUACAGAUGGUCACAGUGGUGUUCUACAUGUUCACUGAUAUGGUCCUUUUCUCCCAGUACCUCUACUACAAGAUCAAGAACAGCUCCACCAGAGAAAACCCUCACCUUAAGUGGGUGUGCCUCUUGUGGUGUGGGUCGGCCAGCCUUUUUUUCCUUGUCCUCCCCAAACUAAUCACGGACGACAACGCCUCCUUAGAUACACAGAGUCACGACAAGUCCCACACGAUGGAGAUGAGUGGCUACGUCUGUGGAUACCUGGCUUCCAUCUUCUACCUCUCCUCCCGUUUCCCGCAGCUUCAUAAAAACUUCCGGCGACACUCAACAGAAGGGACGUCCUACCUGCUGUUCGCCCUGGCCAUGAUGGGCAAUGGGACCUACGGGCUGAGUGUCAUCGUGGUCCUGCCUGCGCUCAAGGGCUCCAGACGGGCUUUCCUUCUCAAACAUCUGCCCUGGCUCAUCGGUAGCCUGGGAGUCCUGGUCCUCGAUUUCUUUGUGACGGCACAGUUCAUCAUGUACAGGAAAAGCAAGCCGGCUAAGAAGAGCACCUCAUUGGUCAGAGUCCAGGAAGUAGAACCUCUGCUCUACGAGGAAGAAGAACUGUCUGCCCUAUAGCACACACAGUAAUGAACAAUCUACAAGAGCGGAACGCCCAUUCCAAUGCUUAAAAAAAGUGCCCUGCACAUUUUUGGGAACUUUUCAAAACCCCUAAUUUGAAUAGUGUUCAUUUGGUGGUUUUGAAAAAUGUAUAAUCCAAUCAAGUACUUAAAAAUGCCAAUAGCUAUUUAAGACUGUUACAGCAUAUGCAGCAUUUCAUUUUUUUGACACUGGUAGGGAAUCUUUCCUUUGGAGACGUAUUUAUUUCCAUUUUUGUACUUUUAACUAACUCUUUACUUCUGUACAAUUAACAGAUUAUUUUAUUGAUUCCUUUGGGAUUGUACACACCCCUAGGAUGAUGAUUCAUGCCAGAUAUCCCAUGACAUGGGAAUCCCCCGUUGAAAACUCUUACUGAGCUUUGAUUGUUGGGUGAGACAUCAGUGUUUAAAUCAAGACAAUGUUGACAAUAGAAGGCCAUAUAGUAGUAUAUGCUCCAUCUGCAGGAGAUGGAUGACAAUGAAUGCUUUGGAAUCUGGUCAAUUUAAAUGCCACUGGUAUUUUUGUCAUGUGUUAUAAUAUGUGUCUAUCUAUCAUAAUGGUAGGCUACCAUGUACGGCAAUAUUAACUUCAUUCAUACCAAUUCAUGAUAUAACGUAUUAAGAGAAAAGGUUGAGUGUUUUUGGCUUGGUAGUCUCUGCUGCUGCUGUUGAACACACACGCCAGCUUUUAUAAUGCUAUAAUGCUCCCCUCUAGGGAAGACUCCAGGCUAAGGAGUAAAACCUGACAUACAGGAACGUAUGGCCAAGCCAUUGUGUCAUAUGCAUUCUUGAUAUCGGCUGACAAUGAUGAGGAUAGGUACCCCUGAAUGCCAUUUGUCUCUCUCUUAACUGUCUUUAGCGCACAUUCAUGGCUCCCAGCUUUUUACCAUGUAGUUUGUGUACGCUGAGCUGCAGAAGCCCCUAUCGUCUGUGCCUUUUUUUUUUAAAUAUUUUAAUUGUGCAUUCCAUGGGCCGCAUGCAUCCAAUGUAAUGCCGCCCUGAAAACAUGUAUAUUGGAUGUCUACCUUUUAUAUUGUCAAUCUACGCUUUCAAUGGUGUGUUAUCUCAAGUCGGUCUCUGGAGCUGUGGGCUGAGUAGAAACAAGCUUUACUUUUUUGUACUUUAUCUGAUCGACAUUUGCUGAUACAAUAACAAAUUCAGAAAUGUGCAUAGAUUAAGGAAA